AUGGUUUAUGUUACAUUAUUUAAAGACGUUUUUGUUUCGAAAGGUCAGAUCUCAGAUGAAAAGCGAAGUUUUAAGACAAUUUAUCAGGACCAUGGCGGUCACACAAUGAUGCAGACAACUGGAGAAUUAUUUGAAUUAGUUUAUUAUAUUCAGUAUUUUAAUAUGUAUGGCCACAAUAUUCAUGAUUUCCUUUGUGCAAUGAUGCUUGUUCCACAAGAUUUGGUUUCAAGAGGCUUCAUGGUUAAUUCCCCUCCGAUGUAUCGAGAAAUUACUCAAGAAAUCUUAAACUUUUUAGGAUAUAAAGUGACGUUUGUAGAUUUGUCACAACAAAUAUAUGUUCACUCCCUUUGGCUGAUAAAUAGUUUAGAAUAUGCUCACGGCUACACUGCAGGAGGCCUUGACAGGCUACGAAAGCUGAUAAAAACAAAAGUCAACUUUAAUAAAAUCAAACCUACAAGGUUUGUGAUCAAUGACAGACCAAAGGGAAGUGGAAGAAAUUUCGAUGAUGUUAAUAAGCUUUAUGAAGCCAUAAGUAGUGGUACAAAGAUUGAUGAAGGCUGUAAAUGGGAAAUAGCUGAUUCUCAAUUCUCAAGUUCUGUAGAAACAAUUGUUAAGUUUUGGCAAUCAUUGAAAGUUCUUGUUGCUCCUUGCGGAUCUGGUAUUUAUAACUCAAUAUUUAUGCAUGAAAAGUGUGGAAUGUGUUUAAUGUUCACUACUCAGGUAGAUGAACCAAAUCUUCAGCUUUGCGCGAAUUUAAGAUUUUUCUUAAUUGGAGUUAUCCAUCCUAAAACUCCACAUAAAGGCCCCGACGUUUAUCCUGUGGAUGUUCCUGCAAUGGUGAAAUACACACAGAGAGUAGUUGAUGCCGUUAAUGCAAGACAUUGGACAACAAUGGAAGAUGUUGUUGUUCAUUUUCAUGAACCAAGUUACUUGAAUUCACCACCUCAUGAAUUUUAG